UUGUCGUUGUGAUUUCCUGGAUCAUGUUCGAUAUUGCGAUGCACGUCGUGAUGACGCUUCUGCAACGUUGCAGUGACGCACAAAUGAAACUUACUCACCGUCGACUCAUCCUCUUUUCGCCGAUUCCCGUUUUGGAAGAGAGGGAACGAUUCGAUGCGCCUGGUCGUUUCGCCCGGAUUUACUUGCUGAUCGCGUACAUCGUCGUGGCGCUGGCUUGCACCGUCACCAUCUGCACUUUCAUGUUGAACUAUUCUCCGCGGAAGAAGGGGCUCGGAUUCAUGUCCUGUACGCACGAGGGGCCUGAAAACGAUGUCCGCAAGGCGUACAAUUGCUGACACGUCUCACGUCCUGCGAAAAUCGACCCCACGAAAUUUGUGACAAAAAACAAUGUCAACUCGUCUUCAGAAGGCAAUUUAAGUGAUAAGAAAACUAAUCCUAUUACUAAUCAGUCUCAUGUAUUGCUAUCGUUUUUGUGUGUAAAAAGAUGUGAAAAAUUAGGGGACAUACCCAAUAAAAAACAUGUAACGAAAUGACUCAUCGAUAAUUAGUUAACGUUGUGACAUGCAGACUUGAAACCUAGCUUUUUAAGGUAAAGGAUCAUCCCUGAUUAGAAAGUGGGCAAUGUAGGUUACAGGUCACCAUUUUCUUAAAUUUUGAUUUUCUUCAAUUAAAUUAAUUGCGAUUAAAUUAUGAUUAAAUGAUGUCAUGAUCGAUAUUAUUUUCAACAUUUCAACAAGUAGAUAUGUGUUAAUCGGGUAAAAUCAGAAUGUCUAAGGCUUGUUAUGCCAUCAUUAUAAAUUAA